AUGGGCGCAUUAUGUCGCCCACUGAACGCAUUCUGGGAUCGCACCGUCAAGGGUGAAUGCUUCAACUCCACAGCCCUGACAUACUUCGUCAACUCCUCCAACAUGGUCACUGACCUCGUGCUUUUCGCUCUUCCUAUCCCGGUCAUCGUAAGAGUCCGCACAACGCGAAAGAAGAAGAUCGCUCUAAUCACAAUCUUUUCCAUUGGAUUCAUAACCUGCGGCAUAAGCGCCGCCCGCCUAGCUUACGUCGUCGCCCAAGGCUCUGCAGACAUUACCUGGGAAGGUGUACCUCUAGGAAUCCUCUCCGCCUUCGAAUCCCUCGGCGGCGUCCUCUGCGCCAACCUCCCGAUAAUCUACCGAUUAUUCAAAACCGCUGCACAGAAAAUCAGCAGCAGCGUCUCGGGCCAGAAAAGCAAGGGCUCGAAUCUUCAAUACGCGUACGAUUCCAGGGCGUACGGGUCUAAAUCUCACGGCCGCCAAAACCGACGCAGCACUGAUAGUGAAAGAUGGAUUCAGAUGCCGAAUGAGAGUGACUCUACCGAGAUGCAGACGCAUGUACAAGGUAUGAGUCCUGAGAUGAAGGCUGACGGGUUUGAGAUGGGACCUAUUCCUAGAGAUGGGAUUGCGGUACAGAGAGAGUUUCAUACGACGGUUGAGGAGAGGGUUUGA